UUCAGUCACGUAUAAUCCCUGUUUUUUUCUCGCUCUGUACUUCGAUCUACAUAAAGAAGGUUGAGGGGUUGAGGGUUUAAAAUUGUAUUUAAGAGGAGAGUGUAAAAAGCGAUGUUAAUUGGCAAAGAUCGAAGUUUAUAGUAGUUAAGAAAAUGGACUAUUAAAGAAAAAAAAUUAAAGAAAAAAAGCCAUAAACAACAAAUACUAUCUAAGGGGUUUGAGAAAAUAAGUCCUAUUUUUAAAUCAUUGUAAUUCUCUGGAGGGUCAUUUUAUUGAUUUACAUUCAUUAGAUUUUAAUGGCUGGUUAAAUUUUUUAAACUGGUAGAUAAGAACUAACACUUAAAUAUUGAUAUAUAAGUCAUAACUAUUCCGCCAAACCUUUCUGAAAAUACGCAAACAGAAAAAAUACUGGAAUAUUCUGCAGUCGAGAACAGACCUCACUGAAGAUUGGUCCAUGACAAUUGGUCCAUACAUAGUUUAUGAGGAUGUUAUCUGUUGUUUUGAUUGAAUAAUAAAUUGAAUAAGUUAUAUUUUAUAUACAUAAGUUAUAUAUUAUAUAAAUGCUUAUAUUUUUUAUUUUACUUGUGGACAAAUUUUGCGCCUUAAUGAUAUUAAGAAUUUUUCAUCCUAGAACUUUUAUUCAUGACUGUCCUAAGAAAGCUAAGGGAAUGUUAAGAACGUACAAUAAAGAGUUACCUUUAAUAUUUAGUGAUUCAUUUUCAGAGACAAUGUAGAAACUUUUGUAAAACAAUGGAAGAAGAGCAUGUGAGGAUCUAGCAUGGACGGAUUGGAGGGAUCUAGUAGAAGAUUACAGGAAGCCAUUGACAGUCCCAGAAGAACUAAACUAAAAGUAAGUGGUGGAACACAAACUGCCGGAGGGGACGAUGGAAAGGGGCCCCCUGGAAGCACCAGGGCCCCUGGAAGCAUCAGAGCCCCUGAUUUGGAGGCAAGAAAAAUCAUUGAUGCAGAUGAACAUGGAUUUGAGGAUUUUUACCAAAAUAGUCAACAGAAAUCCGCGGGUUCUGGGAACAUGCAGCUGUCGAGUAGCACUAGAGAACGAUUAAUUGCAUCACAAAGACGACCUGCCAACACUGUCUCAGGGUUUACCAAACCUAGAACUAGGAAUGCGCAAUAUUUAAACAGUUAA